AUGGCUUUUCUGUUUAAAUCCAAGAAAAAUCAACAGGGGACCGCCCUGCCUUCGGCCACAAGAAACGUCCACACCUCCGAAGGUGCUCCGUCGACCGGCAACCCUCCAAUGGCUAAUGGUGUCAAGGCUGAGGGGAGCUUCGGACAGACUCCGACCCCUAGUAGCAGUUACAACAACUCAUUGCAUUCGGCGACGAGCCCAACAAGUCCGGAACCCGUGAGACCCCGACCAAGAGCAGAAUCCGAGUCACAGGUAAGGUCCAAUUCUCAAAACUCUGGGCCAAUGAGUCCUGACUCGAAUUCUCGCCAGGCCCAACGCCCGCAACAAACGCCAAAUGGCGUGUCCCCGCAGAGCCCCAACUCAACCCUCUAUCCCUGGUCGCAACGGCGCCUCAAUUUCUCGACUCCACAAGCAACACCAUUCCCACGAUAUGGCGCUGCCAUCAAUGCGGUGGCCUCGAAAGAGGGCGACAUUUACUUGAUGGGUGGUCUGAUCGAUGGCUCCACCGUUAAGGGGGAUCUGUGGAUGGUUGAAAGCAGUGGUGGUAGCCUGUCAUGUUUCCAAAUUGCGACGGUUUCUGAAGGCCCGGGGCCUCGAGUUGGCCACGCCAGCUUGCUGGUUGGCAAUGCUUUCAUCGUUUUUGGUGGUGAUACCAAGAUUAAUGAGAGCGAUGCGUUGGAUGACACUCUUUACCUGCUCAAUACCUCAUCACGACAAUGGUCUCGCGCAAUCCCCCCUGGUUCUCGGCCCGCUGGACGGUACGGUCAUACUCUCAAUAUCUUGGGCUCCAAACUUUUCGUUUUCGGUGGUCAGGUUGAAGGCUUCUUCUUCAAUGAUCUGGUGACCUUCGAUUUGAAUCAACUCCAGAACCCUUCAAACAAGUGGGAAACUCUCGUUCCGAAUAGCCACGAAGGCGGUCCCCCCGAGGGACAAAUUCCUCCCGCUCGAACCAACCACAGUAUGGUCAGCUAUAACGACAAAUUAUAUCUUUUUGGAGGAACUAACGGCGUACGUUGGUUCAACGACGUGUGGGCUUAUGACCCUCGUGCCGGUUCAUGGACAGAGAUGGAUUGUGUUGGAUUUAUUCCCACUCCCAGAGAGGGCCAUGCAUCUGCUUUGGUUAAUGAUGUGAUGUACGUGUUUGGUGGUCGUACCGAUGAGGGAGUCGACUUGGGUGAUCUUUCUGCCUUCCGUAUCUCCACUCGUCGCUGGUAUUCUUUCCAAAAUAUGGGCCCAGCUCCAUCUCCCAGAUCUGGACACAGUAUGACAGCGUUUGGAAAGCAAAUCAUCGUCAUGGCUGGUGAGCCUAGCUCAGCCCCUCGCGAUGCUAAUGAGCUCAGCAUGGCGUAUAUCCUCGAUACAUCUAAAAUUCGAUAUCCCAAUGAUUCGGGUACAGCCGAACGCAGUGCCGUCCCAGGAGGUAGGAAUGCCGAAAAGCAGGGUCCUCUCUCUGGGCGAACCUCCCGCGAGGCUCAAAGCGCAACUCCAGACCAGAUGCGACGUGGCCCAUCUCGUGAGAGUCUGAUCCAGAAUACAAGCAACAAGCCUGGCGAGUUUGGGUCUAACCCCAACCUUGGACCGGGACCAGGAUCUCGACUACCCCGUGCAUCUAUUGCACAAGCGCCUUCAGGGCCACCCCCUCCCGGGCAAGCGCCAUCUCCUGGCCCUCGCAGUAAUGGACCCCAGUCCGGCAUGAACCCUCGCAGCAAGACCCCCACAAAGAUGGAACGUGGUUACACAGGCACUGUUGAUGUCCGGGUUGCCAAUUCCGAACGAGAAGCCGAGUCCCCUGUUGCUAAAGAUCAAUUCCAGGACUCCCAGGGUAGUAGCGGGCAACGUACACCAACAGGAUCACAAAGGAUAUCUGCCAAGGCAAUGGAAGCCGGAGAAGCAGCCCCCUUAACCACACCUGCCCGUCAACGCUCAUUGCGGUCGCAAAGGCAGCGUGGCUCGGUUGAUAGCGCAGAAGAAUCUGUUCUUGGCCGCCAAACCAGUAUCGAUGGAUCGAUUGAGGGCCGAGCCUUUCGCAACUCCAAGACGCUUGGCGAGGAGCCUAGAUCGCCAAAAUUAACUCCUCAUCAGGAGGCCUUGAUAAAGGAGUUGGAAUCUGCUAAAGCUCGCAAUGCCUGGUAUGCUUCUGAAUUGGCUCUAGCCAGGAAAGGAGGAUAUGUGCCCAAUGCUUCUAGCAGCCCCGCUAUCGACGAACGCACAAGUGACUCGCUGAACGACGAGGAUCGCCCUCUGGUCGAAGCAUUCCUUGGUAUGCGAGCCGAGUUGUCCAAGAUGCAAGCCACUGUUGAUAGGCAAGCUGCCAUUGCAUCUAAACGCAUUGCAGAAGUUGAACAUCAACGCGAUGUGGCUGUUAGCGAAGCCGCUUACUCGCGAGCUCGACUAGCUGCCCAUGGCGGUAGUCAACGUGGAACCCCACAGCCUGAGAUUUCUCGUGAAGUUGAGGAUGGUGUGGAGAGGCCAACCGACAUGGGUCGUCGUCUUGCGUUGGCUCUCGCAUCUCAGUCAGAGCUCAAGGCCAGAUUGGAUGUGAUGACCACUGAUUUGCAACAGGAGAAACAGGCUAAAGAACUGGCUGAGGAUACCAACGAGGCGACUCGCAAACGUCUAGCAGAGUUGGAAAUGCAAAGCAACGCUCUUGAGUCAGAGAACCUUCGGGCUGAGCUUCACCGUGCUGAGGCAUCCUCCAGAGAAGAAGCCCUGUUACGUGCUGAGGCCGAGGCGACCUUGAGUCAGCUUAUUAUCGACAAGGAAGAAUUACUUCACCAGAUUGAAGAAUCAUCUGGUCGUCUCAAGGACUUCGGUACCAACUUCGGUAGCCUGAAAGAAGCUGUUGCCUCCUCUGCUGCGAAGGUAACUGUUGUUGAAAAACAAUUACUGGAUGAGAGAGAGCGCCGCGAAGGACUGGAGAGAAAGCUACUCCAACUUCGAACGGAACAUGAAGAGCGGACUACUGAAGUGGAGAACAUUACCCGCCGUCUACGUGAUGCAGAGGAGCUUGCUGAUAUCCAUGCCAAAGAAGCUGAAACUCACAAGAUGGCUUUCGUCUCGGGUCUGGAGCGUGCCUCUUCUACUGACUUGGGGGCUUCUAUUCGAUCUCGCGCUGACCAGCGUGUUGCCGCUUUGGAGGCUCAAAUUGAACGAUCUAGUACUUUGGCCAAGGCCAACCAGGCUGCGGCUGAUUCUGCGGCCGAGAAAUUGCGACGGGCUGAAGAACGUAUUGCCGGUUUGGAGGCAUACCAAGAACAGGCCAGCCGUGAAGGCCUGCAGUUACGCCGCCAGCUACAGACCGCUAUGAAAGAAAGCCAAGCAGCUACCGCAGAGAGCAGAGACCUCAAGUCUCAGCUUGAUUCUCAUCAGCGUGAUGCUGGCGCUUUGAACAUUCAGCAUGCGGCUCUGAAGGAUCUCUUGGGUGAACGUGGCAUCAACGCUGAUACUCGACGAUCGCCCCGUCUUGAAUCGCCAGGAUCCCGCUUUGGUACGCCCGAACAAGGUCGACUACGCGAGUUGGAGCAGCAACUUUCUACCAGCAUGAAGGCUCAUGAUGAUCUCAAGAAUUCAUUUGAAUCCCGGGAGCAAGAAGCCGACCGCGCAUUCCGUGAGAAGUUGGAGCAACUCGAGAAUGAUUACCAGUCAGCUGUUCACUACGUUAAGGGCACUGAGAAGAUGUUGAAGCGUAUGAAGGAUGAACUAAGCCGCUACAAGACUCAGAAUGCCAAGCUACAGGGUGAAUUGGAGGUGGCCCAGAAGGGGCUGGAGAAUGCUAGCAGCCAAUCCGACAACUUCGCAGAAUGGGAGACUGAGCGGGUUCGCCUCGAGAAGUCCAUUGUCGACCUGCAGCAGAACACUACAGUGUCUCUCGAGGCCCUAGAAGGCCAGGUUUCACAGCUCAAGGAACAGGUUGCUCGCGCCAAUUCUGAGAAAGAAACGUCCCAGGUUGAGCACAGUCGUAUCCAAAAGGAAUUGUUCUCUAUUGCUGAGCGUACUCGUUUCGAACUGGAGCAGCUCAAACAAGAGAACGUGCAUCUAGAAACCCGUGCCUCCGAUGCAGAACAGAAGGUCAACAUGCUUCUAGAGCAGGUCGAGACAUCGGUGGGUCACUACCGCCGCCAGUCCCAACACAUCCAAGGCGCCAAUGGUAUUUCCCGCAGCCAUAGCAAUGCCUCCAGCAACACUGCUGAUGGUCGCGGUGGUGGUCGCGCCCGAGCAGACAGCAGUGUUUCACAAGAUUCUACAUCUUUCCCUGACAACCGUGGCUCAAUGGCCCUGGACUCCCUCGCUAAUGAGCUCGAGACCCUCCGGAGCCACUGGGAAAGCACCAACCGCAACUAUCGCCUUAGUAGCCAGCUGGACCUGGAACGAACCCCGACCAAGGAUGACAGUAAUGGACCUGCUAUGAUGAGCGAUAGUCUUGCGGAGUGGCGUCGCCGUUUGGAUGAAGAAGAGCGGACUGUUACCAACAACAAGCCGAAGACUAUGCCCUCCGGCCCUAGUGCAACUAAUGUUAUCUAA